AUGGAGGAAACGGUAACAAAUGCGUCGGAUGUUGAGAAUGUUAAACUCAAAAGAUGUACGGAUUGGUUACGGCAGCAGAACAAUCCAGACAAGUUGACUCGUCAGAAUCAGAAUGAUAUUCAGUUUAUUAUUGAAACGAAUGCACACAGAAAGAAAUUCUUCCUAUCCGCUGCUGAGGAUGAGGCAACAGUUCCAAAUGGAGUGGAUGAAAACACACCCGAACCGGCAAUCGUGCCUUUGACCCGUUUACGUAAAGACAAAAUACAUAUGCAGUGUGAAUGGCAAGCCUGUAAGAAGUUCUUCAAUGAUUAUGAAGUGUUUCAGAAGCAUGUAACGAAACAUGCCUCCGAUUUACAUGUUAUUGAUAUGGAAGACGAUGUGGACUAUGUAUGUUUGUGGGAUAUUUGCGGGCAUCGAACCAAGGAUUUUGUUGAGAUGGUGCGUCAUAUUUGCUAUCACUCUUAUCAUGCAAGACUUUUAGCCAUCGGUUACAAUGCUCGAGCUACCCUUAAACUUGAACAAUGUAAGAAGGACUCGAGCCGCCGUAAUAUAUUACCGGCAUUGAAGUCCGAUUAUUGUUAUCACAUAAAGCAUCAUAUUUACUACUCGGACAACCAUCUCUGUUCGUGGGCCGGCUGUGGAGCGACGUUUAGUAGACGACGCUUGCUCGUACUGCAUCUGAGAUCACAUACACAAGAGAAAACCAUAGCCUGCUUCCAUUGCGGGAGGCAUUUCGGCUGUAAUAGAAAACUUAGCGAUCAUUUAGCGAGACAGAACGUAGACCCAUCUACCGGCUACCCGUGUAACAUGUGCGGGACUGUGCUGGCGAGCGCGUACCUCCAGCGCGAGCACGCACGUCAGCACGUUUCGGCGUACGCGUGCACACUGUGCGACAUGUCGGCCACCACGCCUGCCGCGCUCGCUCACCACGUGCGGUACAGACACCUGGCUGACCACGCGCGGACCUUCGCCUGCCCGCAUUGUAUCUACAGAGCGGUGACUAAAUGUGACCUGAGCAAACACAUAUUAACACAUACAAGAAAAGCCAAGAAAAAGACGAAAGUCGAUAGCGAUGAUUCCGACAUUUCUGAUACGGAAGUAAAAAAGAAAAAGGAACCGAAGAAAUACGUGUGUCACUUGUGUCAGAAAGAUAGUAAAAUAUUUUCGCGCGGGACACGACUCACUACACACUUGGUAAAAGUACACGGAGCUCAAUGGCCCUUUGGACAUAGUAGGUUUAGAUAUCAAAUCAGCGAAGACGGUAUGUACCGAUUAACUACAACGAGAUUUGAAGUUCUAGAAGUUUCCAAGAAGAUUGUUGACGGUUACAGCGGACCCAAGGAAUCAUUGACUAAUACAUUUGAAUUCGACUUGAAACAGACGGCCGAAGCCACUGAAACUACUCCGAAGAGAUUUGAAAUAACUUUGAAGAACACAAACAAGAAUGAUGAAGUGGCUAAACAAUCUGAGGCAGUGGAAAUAUUGAUGUGUGAUGUAGACGUACAGGGAAAUAUUAUAAGCACUGAAACUAUUAAAUCUGAUGUUGUUUAUACAUAA